AUGACGAGCAACAAGAGACGAUUUUUUGGCGGUAAAAUUCAAGAUGGCGGCCCUGCUGGAACUUGUAACUGCCGCAGUUUAUUGUUUACUACUUUUCCUAAACCUGGCUUCCGGUUGGAGAAUCACACGGUUCGAACUAUUGAAGUUGUUAACGAGGAUCUCUGCAUGUUCCAGUGCUACCUGGAACCUAACUGCGUCAGUUAUAACUUCUGUGAGAUAAAACAGUUGUCUGGAAAACAUGAGUGUGAUCUGAAUAACGCGACUAUUGAACAUGAUGAAGACCUGAAUGCUUGUAAGAAAAAUCCUUGCAAGAAUAACGCAACAUGCCAAGCUGGGUUUACAGACAGAGACUAUCAGUGUUUGUGUGUUGAUGGAUCUGGAUUUAAAGGCCAUGAUUGUGAUGAGGGCUUUACAGCUGUUUUUACAAACCUUGGUAAGAGUGGAACAAAGGGUCCAGACUCAGUUGGCAGUCACUACACAGGUCAGGAUCAUGACGGACAAGUUACAGUGUCCAACGGUACUCAACUGUGGACUGUGCCAUACACUGGUGAAUACAGAAUAGAAACAAUAGGAGCCUCAGGGGGGUACAGUGAGGGCAAUGUUAUCAACGGAGGGAGAGCGGCGAGGAUGAUUGGAAACUUUAUGUUGACCAAAGAUGAGAUCAUUCAUAUACUUGUUGGUCAAAGAGGGGAAAGGCAUAAUAAAAAUUCUACCAAAGAAACUGCUUCAGGCGGAGGAGGUACAUUUGUAGUAAGAGACAACAAACCUUUAAUCAUAGCCGGAGGUGGAGGAGGAAUUGCAAAAAUGACAGAACAACAUUCGGGAUGUGAUGCGUCCAUAAACACAUCAGGGAAUGCAGGGUACAACUCCCUAUUCCUGUCAGGAGGAAUGAACGGAGAUGGAGGACAAACUGAUACUGAUAAAGGUGGUGGUGGUGGCGGCGGCUUUUACAGUAAUGGAGAAGACUCAGGGGGUUCUGGUGGAGGGGGAAAGGGAGGUAAAGGAUUUCUAGCCGGGGGAGAGGGGGGAAGACAUUCGGGUGGGUUCGGAGGUGGGGGUGGUUAUCGUGCAGCUAAAGAGUUACCUGGGGGAGGUGGAGGGUACUCUGGGGGAAGUGGAGGUAACUGCCGCAGUUUAUUGUUUGCUACUUUUCCUAAACCUGGCUACCGGUUGGAGAAUCACACGGUUCGAACUAUCGACGUUGUCAACGAGGAUCUCUGCAUGUUCCAAUGCUACCUGGAACCUAAUUGCAUCAGUUAUAACUUCUGUGAGAUAAAACAGCUGUCUGGAAAACAUGAGUGUGAUCUGAAUAACGCGACUAUUGAACAUGAUGAAGACCUGGUGAAAAACGAAAGUUACAUUUACCGCGGAGCAGAGAAUGCUUGUAAGAAAAAUCCUUGCAAGAAUAACGCAACAUGCCAAGCUGGGUUUACAGACAGGGACUAUCAGUGUUUGUGUGUUGAUGGAUCUGGAUUUAAAGGCCACGAUUGUGAUGAGGGAUUUAAAGCUGUUUUUACAAAUCUUGGUAAGAGUGGAACAAAGGGUCCGGACUCAGUUGGCAGUCACUACACAGGUCAGGAUCAUGACGGACAAGUUACAGUGUCCAGCGGUAUUCAACUGUGGACUGUGCCGCACACUGGUGAAUACAGAAUAGAAACAAUAGGAGCCUCAGGGGGGUACAGUGAGGACAGUGUCAUCAACGGAGGGAGAGGGGCGCGGAUGAUUGGAAACUUUAUGUUGACCAAAGAUGAGAUCAUUCGUAUACUUGUUGGUCAAAGAGGGGAAAGACCGAAUUCUAACAAAAAAACUGGCUCAGGCGGAGGAGGUACAUUUGUAGUAAGAGGAGACAACAAGCCUUUGAUCAUAGCCGGAGGUGGAGGAGGAGUUGCUAAAAUGACAGAACAACAUUCAGGAUGUGAUGCGUCCAUAAACACAACAGGAAAUGCAGGGUAUAACUCGCCAUUCCUGUCAGGAGGAAGUAACGGAAAUGGAGGACAAACUGAUAAACCGCACUCUGGCGGUGGCGGCGGCGGCUUUUACAGUAAUGGAGAAGACUCAGAGAUUUCUGGUGGAGGGGGAAAGGGAGGUAAAGGAUUUCUGGCCGGGGGAGAGGGGGGAGCACAUCAGGGUGGUUUCGGAGGUGGGGGUGGUUCUCGUUUUAAUGGUGAGAUACCUGGAGGCGGUGGAGGGUACUCUGGGGGAAGUGGAGGUGCGAAUAAAGAUAUUUCCUGUGGGGGAGGGGGAGGUUCUUUCAACAACGGAACAAAUCAGCAAAAUGAAUGUUGUUAUAAUACUGCUGGACAUGGUAAAGUGAUCAUUACAUUUCUUCAUUGA